AUGAAAGUGCAACUAAAGCGUUUUAUGCAACAGCUUCUUCAAGUGGCUUUUUUCACUCCUAGAAGACCAGGUACAUAACCGAGCGCCCACGCAUUUAAGAACCCGUGCAAAUUAAGGUGCAACAACAAAUUUGGUUUCAGAGAACUACAAGCUUGAGUAUUUAAAAUCCUGUAUUAGUGGUUUAAACAAAAUUCUUCUAUCUAGUAAAAGAAGUUUUGCUUUGCAUGGCCAGAAAUUGGUCAAACAAUACAUGUAGCUUUCUUAAGGUUGAAAUACAUUCUCGGAUUUCAGUACAGUAUAACAACAUCUUUUUUCUUUUGAAUAAAGUCGGAUAUUCUUCAAUCACGACAAAAAAGCAUAGUUUUAUGAAAGACAAUGAAAUAUGACCAUAAUAUGACCACAAAGUAAAAUGUCGAGCUCAAUGGGAAAGCAAUACAGUGGUGAGACACAUUGCUGGUGUAUGAAUUCCACAUUGGAAUGCCAUUUUAUUAAAGGGUGAAAAAAUGGUAUGCACUUUGAGAAACAUAUCUAUCGAGCGAAAAACACUUUAUUUGGUUGAGAGAAAACAGGGAACACUCCAUUUUCGGUUGUUCUUUAAAAUAUUCUUUCUUUUUAUUAGAAACUGGAAUAUAGAUUCGAAGUUUUCACUUGUAAUUCUGUCAAUAUACAAAUAACCCGUUUGCAUGGAAGUCUAUGUUAGUCAAGAAAGUUUAUUUGUCAUGCUUUUCAGUUUGUGCAUAAAUAUCUAUUACGAUGUGCUCCUAGUAAUUAGAGUUAGUAAAUCCGAGACCCGUGUUCGUGAUAAACAGUCUGAGGUUAUGGCUCGUAAGCAAAAAGCCUUUCUCAUAUCCCUCUCAAUGAGAAAUAGUUAUCAACGAAAGUAGACAGAGAGCUGUUACAGUAGUCGUAAGACAAAUUUGCUCUCAUACUAUAGUAAGCGUUCAAGGAAACAGUAUACUAAGAGAGUGAGUUGAAAAACUGAAAGACAUUUUGAGAAAGGAAGGAUGUCUACAGAACUGUGCUUCGCUUGACAAACAAGCAGUUGUUCUGGUAGCCUCUAACGUAACGAGACAAAAGAACAUGAAAUAGCUGAUCAAAUAUUAUUUUAACAUGGGCCUUUGAAGGUCAUUUCCUCCGCCCUGAGUUUAUGCCCUUUUGUGAAAGUUGGGCAUGGGGCCCUUUAUUAACCCUUUCAAUGCCAAACGUGGCUAAAGGCAAAUUCCUACCAAAUUCCCAAAUUUCAUUUUCUAACAUUCUGAGAAACAAAUAGCAUCAUGUGAAAGUACAGGCGGAGAGCUUUCAUUUGAAUGGUCACAUCAUAGGAUUUCGUCCACACACAAAAGUUAGAAUCACCUUACAAAACUCCAUCAAACACUCUGGCAGUGAAAGGGUUAAGAGAAUACAAAAUUUAUCACUGUUUGAGGAAAACAAGAAGAUGGACAAAAGACUUCCUUUGGGCGGAAUGUUGUUUCCUUCUUGUGUCGUAUGCGACUCUGACUUGAUAAGAAUUGAAGGUGACAUUGAUUACAAACAAUAA